UAGCAAAUAAACAACUACUUCCUCGAUCUUCACCACCUCAAAAACAUGGCUGAAAUUGCCUAUGGCAUCAUAGGAAAGGUCAUAGAGAAGCUAGGGUCCGUUGCUUACCAAGAGUUCGGCUUGGUAUGUGGUGUCAAAAGCAAUCUGAAAAGGCUCGAGUUCACCAUGUCAAUCAUUAGAGAGGUGCUCCUAGAUGCCGAAAAGAAGCAAGCAAGUGACCCCCUGCUGAGGCUCUGGCUAGGGCAGCUCAAUGAUGUCCUUCACGAUGCCGAGGAUGUGUUUGAUGAAAUUGAGUACCAAGCUAUAAGGAAGCAGGUGGUUGCCACAUAUGGGAGCACUUCUACAAAGGUAUGUCAUUUCUUUUCAUCCUCUAUGACGCUUGCAUUCCCUUUCAAAUUGGCUCAUAAAAUCAAGCGCAUUAGAGAGAGGUUAAAUGCAAUCGCAGCUGAAAAGGAUCAAUUUAAUCUCACCAAAAUAUGUGAAGAUGCACAUAUCAUGCACCGGUCGAGGGAAAUAGAUUUAAUCUCAUUUGUUCAUCCAUCAAUUGUAAUUGGUAGGGAUAAGGACAAAGAAAAUAUCAUAAAUCUUUUGAUGCACCCAGAUGGUAGCAAAAAUGUCAAUGUAAUUUCCAUAGUGGGAUUAGGAGGUUUAGGGAAGACCACACUUGCCAAGUGGGUGUACAAUGAUGAACGUGUAGUCCAGACUUUUCAAUUGAGAAUGUGGGUUUGUGUGUCUGAAGAUUUUAGUGUUGCAAGAUUGGUAAAAGAAAUCCUUAAAUCUGCAUGCGGUACAAUUGAUGAAAAUUGGAGUGCGGAUACAUUGCAAGCUAGAUUGAGAGAACAUUUAAGGGAUACGAAAUUUCUACUUGUCUUAGAUGAUGUUUGGAAUGAAGAUCAUAAUAAAUGGAUUGAAUUGAAAGGUUUGUUAAUUGAUGGUUUCAAAGGAAGUAAAAUUAUAGUGACAACACGUAGUAACUUGGUUGCCUCUGUUAUGAGCUCUGAUUCCACAUACAACUUAGAAGGUCUAUCCCAAGAUGAUUGUUUGUCUUUAUUUGUGAAAUGUGCAUUUAAGGAAGGAGAAGAGAAACAACAUCCAAGCCUCUUAAAAAUUGGAAAAGAAAUUGUAGGAAAAUGUAAAGGGGUUCCAUUGGCAGUGAGGACUUUAGGCAGCCUGCUUCAUUCAAAAGUUGAUGAACGAGAGUGGGAAUUUGUGAGAGAUAACGAGAUAUGGAAAUUAAAACAAAAGGAGAAUGAAAUCUUACCCGCAUUGCGACUUAGUUACGAUCAACUGCCAAUUUACUUGAAGCGAUGCUUUGCCUUUUGUUCUCUUUUCCCAAAAGACCAUCAAUUCUAUUUGUUUGAUUUGAUUCCAUUUUGGAUGGCACAUGGACUAAUUCGUAAAACGUCUAUUAAUAAAAAACAAGAGUUGGAAGAUGUUGGGGAGUUGUAUAUAAAUGAGUUGGUGUCGAGAUCUUUCUUCCAAGACUUUGAGAAACCGAUCAUUCCUUCCGUUUUCACGUAUACCUUUAAAAUGCAUGAUCUGAUCCAUGAUCUUGCAAUCUCAGUUGCACAAGGAGAGUGUUCAGUAGUAGACUCGGGCAACGAAGGCAUUGCUGAAACAGUUCGUCAUUUGUCAUUUUCAGCAGAAGACUUGGGUCAAGAAGUUCCAAAAUGCUUAGACAAUUUAACAAAGGUGCGUACUGUAAUGUUCACAACCGAAGCACCACUGUCGUUAGUUGAAGCAUGCAUCUCGAGAUUCAAGUCCCUGCGGUUUCUUGAUUUACGUGAUUCAUCUUUUGAGGUGUUGCCAAGUUCUAUUGGUACUCUGAAGAAUUUGAGAUAUCUCAACCUAACUGAUAAUAAAAGAAUCAAGGAACUUCCUAACUCCAUCUGCAAGCUGCACAAUUUGCAAACAUUAAUCCUUGCUGGAUGUGAGGAACUUGAACGGUUGCCCAAAGAUAUGAGGAGCAUGAUCAGCCUUAGGUUUUUGGCUGUAACAACAAAGUAUACGUGCUUGUUGGAGAAAGGUUCCUUGAAUUCUCUUCGGAUUUUGGCUGUGGAUAAUUGUCCAAGGCUAGAAGUUUUGUUUCAAGGAAUGGACGGGUGCCUCCCCAACCUUCGGAUAUUGUUUAUAACGCAGUGUCCAAGUUUGACCUCUUUGUCACUCAAUAUCAAGCACCUAACUGCCUUAGAGAUCCUGGCAAUUGAUGAUUGUCCAAAGCUUAAUUUGAUUCUAGGAGAAGACAAUCAGGAACUCAAGCUGAUCCUUCGAAAUUUGACGAUUGGUAAUUUAUCAGAGCUGAAGGUUUUGCCUCAAUGGCUCCAAGGAUCUGCUAAUACUUUACAAAUCCUAGCAAUUGGAUUUUGUGAGCAGUUCACGGCCUUGCCUGAGUGGUUGCCAACUUUCGAAUCACUUCACACACUUGUGAUUUUCAAUUGCCCCGAGAUGUCAUCUCUGCCGGAAGGGACACACCGUCUCACUUCGUUAAGAAAAUUGGUGAUCAGAGGUUGUCCUGAAUUGAUUAGGAAAUGCCAAGGGGAAGAUCAGCACAAGAUCGCACAUGUACCAGAUGUUCAACUUGAUGAGUACGUAACAGGGAGUUCAACAGAAGAAGAUGUUGAGGAAUGGAGCACUGGUGAAAAUAUAUGA